CAUGGUUAGCAUUGUUGGGAAAUGUUCAGCUUUCUUUCAUUUGGUAACAACGAGAUAUUUACAACGUGCUAACAACGCCGCAAUCUAACUUAUUAAGCCCACAUUAUGAGUCAGCCGACGUUAUCUGGGCAAAUUUGCUUGGCUAGAAUGAUUAAUGGCAGAGGGAACUGAAUAUAAUGUAUUGCAGUAGUUAAGUAGUCCACGCAUAUUUGUUAAUGUUUCAGUACAGAUACUUGUCUAGAAGUAUCUUAAUGAUUUUAAACCCAAUUCAUUCGCAGGUCCUGGGUAUCGCCACUAUUGUGGUCAAUGUAAUAGCCAUCGAUCAGAUAGCCCCGAAGGACCAACUCAUCCUGGGAUUGUACAUCGCCGUGGGGUCCAUCGUGUUCGUGCUCUCGUUUUUUGGCUGUUUCGGGGCCAUCAAGCAAAGCAUCUGCGUUACCUGGGCAUACGCCACCUCCAUGUUGGUGAUGCUGAUCGUCUCCAUAGCCCUGCUCUUUGCCUUCCGCAUGCAUUUCGAAGAAGACUCCUUUACCAAACUGAAACAAGCCUUUGCCAAGCAGACAAACACCUACGACGCAAUGGCCGAGUACCAGAUACAAUAUAAAUGCUGUGGCAUAUACAAAUUAAAGGACUAUGGAGAGGCUUUUAUAGUUGUUCCCAGUAGCUGCUAUGACCAAAAUGGUUCGCCCUACAGGGAAGGUUGUCUGGACAAAAUGAAGACCCAGUACGAUGUGCUUCUGGAGGGUCCUAAGAUAGUUGGCUGGAUGCUGAUGGUCAUGGAGAUCGGUGCCUUCACUUUCUCCACUAUUAUGGGAGUGUCUUUAAGGAACGAGCUACGGCGCUCUGCUUACUGAACAGUAGCGUGAUUUAUGAUAUUUUUAAGAUACAGAAGUUCUUGUAUAUAUGUACAUACACACUUGUCAAUCGAUUGUCAAACCGAUUCACUCUUUUGAUACCUGAAACAUACUAUCUUAAGUAAAAUUUAAAGUAAAAUUUAAAAAGUAGUAGAACAAAAUAAAAAGUAGCGUAAAUUUGCAGUAAUUAAUAUAA